AUGGAUGGAGAGGAGGAGAGCUCGCCGGAGCCGGCGUCCCCUGGGGUCUGGCCCCGUCGGCGCCGCCGGCUGCUGUCCCAGAGGCCCCGGGUUCGAGUCCCGGCUCCCGCAGCGGGAUCCGGCGCCCCCCGCUGGCCCGCGGGCGCCCGCGAUGGAGAAGGAGGACGGAGCGGCGGUGGGCGCCGCCCUCGGGGCCCGGCCGCGCGCCCCCGCCCCCGUCAGCGCCGCCGCCCUGCGGGUCCUGGAGGCCCACGGAGCCCUGGGGCGGAGGCCCGCGGCCGAGCGAGCCUCGGGGGCGCCAGGCCCGGGCAGGGGGCGCCUGGGGCGGGUCCCCGCAGCCCAGCCCCCAGGCCCGCGGCUUCCGGGAGGGGAGAGCGGGUCGCCGCGAGGACGCCAGGGCCCGGCGGCGGCGUCACCAGACCGGGCCUCGCUGCCCUGAGGGGACCCCAGCCCCCCAGUAAGGAACCCGCGGUCCGCGCCAAAGCCCCGGACACCCCCAAGAGGACCGGCCCGAGCUACGGAACCCGGAGAGACGCUCUGGGGGCCGCCUCGGGAGCCCCCUCCCCGCCAGCGCCCGUCGCUCCGUCGGGGGACCCCAAUACCCAGCGCCCGGCCGCGCCCCCGACGGCCCAGGCCCCCCGGAGACCAAACGCCGCCCCGGAGCCCAGCCCGGCCGCCAGGGGGCGCCCCGGUCCCCGCUCCCCUGCUCGUCCCGGGGCCCCCCAAUCCUCCCCGGCCCGUCCCGGGGCUCCCCAAACCGCCCCCGCCCGCCCCGGGGCCACCCAAACCGCCCCCGCCCGCCCCGGGGCACCCCAAACCUCCCCUGCUCGUCCCGGGGCCCCCAAACCGCCCCGGCUCGUUCCGGGGCCCCCAAACGGCCCCGGCCCAUCCCGGGGCCCCCAAAACGCCCCGGCCCGUCCCGGGGCCCCCCAAAACGCCCCGGCCCGUCCCGGGGCCCCCAAACCUCCCCCGCCCGCCCCGGGGCCCCCAAUCCUCCCCCACCCGCCCCGGGGCACCCCAGAACUCCCUCGCCCGCCCCGGGGCCACCCAGAACUCCACCUCCCGCCGAGGGGUCCCCCAAACUGCCCCCGCCCGUCCCGGGGCCCCCCAAACCGCCCCCACUCGCCAAGGGGACCCCCAAACCGCCUCGGCCCGCCCCGGGGCCCCCCAGAACUCCCCGGACCGCCCCGGGGACCCCCAGGCCGCUCCCAAAACCUCUCUUGGGGCCCCCAAACCUCCCCCAACAGCCCCGGGGUCCCCCAAACCUCCCCCACUCGCCCAGGGGACCCGCAAGCCGCCCUGGCCCACCCCGGGGACCCCGAGGCCGCCCCUAAAACCUCCCCUGGGGCCCCCCAAACCUCCCCCAACAGCCCCAGGGUCCCCCACGGACCCCCCGGCAGCCCCCCGACAUCCCCAGACCCGCCCCCGGCUUCUCGCACCGAGGACACGCCCCUCCCCGCCGGCCACGCCCACCGGGCGGGCUCUCGGGGCCCCGCCCUCCUCAUCUGCAUCCCCACCCCUGGCCCCGCCCCCAUCAUCUGCAUCCCCGGCCCUGGCCCCGCCCCCACCAUCUGCAUCCCCGGCCCUGGCCCCGCCCCCACCAUCUGCAUCCCCAGCCCUAGCCCCGCCCCAAUCUUCUGCAUCCCCAGCCCUGGCCCCGCCCUCCUCAUCUGCAUCUCCACCCCUGGCCUCACCCCCAUCAUUUGCAUCCCCGGCUCUGGCCCCGCCCUCACCAUCUGCAUCCCCAACCGUGGCCCCACCCCCGUCAUCUGCAUCUCCACCCCUGGCCUCGCCCUCCUCAUCUGCAUCUCCAUCCCUGGCCCCGUCCUCCUCAUCUGCAUCCCCACCCGUGGCCCCGCCCUCCUCAUCUGCAUCCCCACCCCUGGCCCCGCCCCUCUCUUCUGCAUCUCCAUCCCUGGCCCCGCCCUCCUCAUCUGCAUCUCCACCCCUGGCCCCACCCCCAUCAUCUGCAUCCCCGGCCCUGGCCCCACCCCAGUCAUCUGCAUCCCCAGCCCUGGCCUCGCCCUCCUCAUCUGCAUCCCCACCCGUGGCCCCGCCCUCCUCAUCUGCAUCUCCAUCCCUGGCCGCGCCCUCCUCAUCUGCAUCCCCACCCGUGGCCCCGCCCUCUUCAUCUGCAUCCCCAGCCCUGGCCCCGCCCUCCUCAUCUGCAUCCCCACCCGUGGCCGCACCCUCCUCAUCUGCAUCCACACCCGUGGACCCGCCCUCCUCAUCUGCAUCUCCAUCCCUGGCCCCGCCCUCCUCAUCUGCAUCCCCACCCGUGGCCCCGCCCUCCUCAUCUGCAUCUCCAACCCUGGCAGCGCCUCCCUCAUCUGCAUCCCCACCCGUGGCCCCGCCCUCCUCAUCUGCAUCUCCACCCCUGGCCCCGCCUCCCUCAUCUGCAUCUCCUCCUCUGCCCCGCCCUCUCCCUCUCCAGACCCGCCCUUUGCUCCUGUAGCCCUGCCCUCUUCUCUAGCCCCGCCCCCUGCCCAAGCCCCGCCUCCCUUGGCCUCGCCCACCAAUUUAGAGGUGUCUCCAGAGCUUCUGACCACGCCCCCUCCUCAGGAUACGCCCCCUGCUCAGGCCCCGCCUCCCCUGGCCUCGCCCGCCAUUGUGGAGGCGUCUCCAGAGCUUCUGACCACUCCUCCUCCUCCUCAGGCCCCGCCUCCCUCGGCCUUCCCCGCCACUAUAGAGGCUUUGUCUGAGCUUCUGACCACGCCCCCUCCUCAGGCCACGCCCCAUGCGCAGGCCCCGCCUCCCCAGACCUCACCCGCCAUUGCAGAGGUGUCUCCAGAGCUUCUGACCACGCCCCCUCAUCUGACCACGCCCACAGACCAAGCCUCGCCUCCUCCGGCCUUCCCCACCACUCUAGAGGCGUCUCCAGCUCCUCUGACCACGCCCCCUGCCCAGGCCCCGCCUCCCCUGGUUUUCCCCACCAUUGUUGAAGCUUCUCCUAGUCCUUUGACCACGCCCCCUCAUCAGGCCCCGCCUUCAGCCCAGGCCCCGCCUCUCCUGACCUCGCCCGCCAUUGUAGAGGUGUCUCCAGAGCCUCUAACCACGCCCCCUCCUCAGGCCCCGCCUCCCCUGGCCUUGUACUCCACUGCCCCGCCCCCUCCUCCUCCCACGCCAUUGGUGCAGCCUCCCUCCCCGCCGGCCCCGCCCCCUCCGCAGGCCCUGCCCCCCGCCCACCCGCCGAGCGGAGGACAUUUUCCUCAGGAGGCCCCGCCCCGCCUCAGCCUGGCCCCGCCCCCCGCCCCGCCCGCGCCGCCCUCUCGCAGCCCGUCCAGCACGCUGAGCGGCCCCGACCUGGCGGGCCACAGCUCCAGCGCCACCAGCACGCCCGAGGAGCUGCGCGGCUACGACAGCGGCCCCGACGGCGCCUGCGCGGACGACGGCGGCGACGAAGAGGAGGAGGAGCCGCUGCCCGCGCUGCACCCGGCCGCCUGGGGCCGCGGGGGCUCGGCUGCGCGCGCUUCGGCGGGUGAGCGUGGGGCGGGGCCUGCGCGCGCCCCCGGACGGGCUGUGCACCAUCUACGAGGCGGAGGCGCCCGAGGAGCUGCUGCCCCUGGGCGCGCUGCGGGCCGGCGUGGUGCAGCAGCUGCUGCUGGCGGCGGGGGGCGGCGGGGGCGGCGUCGGGGGGCCCGGGCGCCCCUCAGCGACGCCGAGCUGGGCCGCUGGGCCGAGCUGCUGUCCCCGCUGGACGAGUCCCGCGCCAGCAUCACCUCCGUCACCAGCUUCUCCCCCGACGACGUGGCCUCCCCGCGCGGAGACUGGACGGUGGUGGAGGUGGAGACGUUCCACUGA